GACGAAUGAUUGAAAUUUCAAGGUACCCCCCGGGCGGCCCGCGCGGCGGGGGGCCGCGCGGGGGCGGUGGCACCCUCUUCCUUUUUGUUUUAUACAUUUGUUUCUUUGUUUGGUCAGUGAUUAUUUUCUGUUUUUCUUUCUCCUCCUCGUCCCUCUUUUAUUUUAUAAAGGAUGGUAAAGAAUUUUGGAAUUCAAGAGCAUUGAAUGGAGAACUCAUUAUAUUAUUAACAUGGGCUUUCUUUGUUUGUGGUUGCUUAAGUGGUUGAACUGCUACAAUAAAAUAUUGCAUUUAUAUAUCUAUUCCCAGUUCCUCAUCCAACGAUUCCAAGGCCAGCAAUUGUAUUUUGUGUUCCAGUUUGGAUUAGUCAAAAGCCAUUUCAUCAUGCAUGGAUGAACAGAAAAGAACUCGACUAACCUGGAAUUUAAUUUCGUUGUUCUUCGGCGACUUUGCGCUUGCUUGGUUGGACUUGCUUCAAUAAAGUAUUGCAUUUCUGAUCUAUCAAGCUAGGAGAAAAUCCAACCAAUGCACCAUUCUCAGGUACUUAUCUGAAGAAUUCAAGACCAGCAGUUUAGUUUUACCAUUUCAGCUUCAAUUCAGUUAGUCAAAAUCCAUUUCAUCAUGCAUGACUGCAAGACAAAUCAUUGAUUUCUCUUUUUAAAGCUCAAGCUCACAGCGUGCUUCUCUGCACCAGAGUUUUCAUUCCAAGGCAGGCCACAGGACAGAGGGACUGAGUGAAUUAAGAACUGCUGCAAACAGACUAUAUGGAUCUGAUCACUCAAGGCCAGGGUACAAGCAUACCCGACAUAAUCCACAGCCAUAACCAGCCCAUAACUCUUUCCGAAUUGGUCUCUGCGCUUAAAAUCCCUUUGGGAAAAACCCGGUGCCUGCACCGGCUCAUGUGCAUACUGGUGAACUCUGGCUUCUUUGCUACAGAAAGUUUCAAUGAGAAUCAAGAAGGGUAUGUUCUCACGUCUUCUUCUAGGCUCCUCCUCAAAGGUGCAGUCCUCAAUUCGUCACCUUAUGUUCUGGCCAUGUUGGAUCCUGUCAUGUUAACUCCUUGGAAUUUCUUGGGAGAUUGGUUCCAAGGGAAUGAACCAACAGCCUUUAAGAUUGCCCAUGGAAUGGGGAUAUGGGAGUAUGAGGAGCAAAACCUUAAACUUAACAAGGAUAUGGAUGAAGCAAUGGCGAGCGAUUCUCAAUUCUUGAACAUAGCCAUCACAGAUUGUAGACAAGUUUUUGAGGGGUUGGAUUCCUUGGUUGAUGUAGGGGGUGGCACGGGACAUUUCGCCAAGAUCAUUUCCGAGGCCUUUCCUCACUUGAAGUGCACGGUAUUAGACCGCCCCAGUCUCGUCGCUGACUUGCCCUCGACCAAGAAUUUGACCUUCGUUGGAGGCGAUAUGUUUCAAUCUGUCCCUUCCGCAGAUGCCGUUUUAAUUAAGCAUGUUUUGCAAAAUUGGAGCGAUGAGGAAUGCAUAGACAUAUUGAAGAGAUGCAGAGAAGCUAUUCCAAGCAAAGAUAAGGGAGGAAAGGUGAUUGUCAUAGACAUGGUGAUAGAUGUCGAGAACGAUGAACACGAAUUAGCUGAAACAAAGCACCGGUAUGACAUGGCGAUGAUGGCUUUGCUUACUGGAAAAGAACGAAGUGAGAAAGAAUGGGAACGACUCUUCUUGGAGGCAGGUUUCAGUCACUACAAAAUAUCAGCCGUAUUUGGUGUAUGGUACUUUAUUGAGGUUUAUCCAUAGAGAGUUUUAGUUUUGAAGUUUGCCUGAUAUCAAUGUUAAAUAAAUGGCUUUGAUGAACUAUAUGUAAACUUGGAUGCGCUUUCUGCCUAAUUUACAAUAUAUGGUUCUGUAAUCACUGUUAAGAAAAUGGUUUUGAUGAAUCCUUCAUCUGACUAGGGUGUUUGUAGGCAGGGAACUUCACUGCCAAUCUUUUUGGAAUAAUCAAAUUACCUUCUUUAAUGCA